AGACUCGAGACUUGCUGAGGUCAAUAACAAAUGAGAGGAAAACAAAAGCUUUCCGGCCGCCUUGCCGGCGCCAGCAAUAAAAAGAAACAACCCGAACAAGGAGGACCUGGGGAGAACGAGAGCAGAAAUAAUCAGGCCAAGAUCCGCACCAACUAAAACAUCUUUCCCUGCGGGACGCCGGGACGGGAGUUCAGGGAUCGAUGGAGGCCGAUCCGGCGACACCGCGGCGUCUGUGUCGUCGUCGCUGAUCUUCCUGGGCACGGGCUGCUCCGGCGCGCUGCCCGACACACGGUGCCUCAUCAGGCCGGGCACGCCGCCAUGCCACGUCUGCUCCAUGGGCCUCUCCCUCCCGCCGGACCAGAACCCCAACUACAGGCUGAACACUUCCCUCCUGAUAGACUACUGCCAUGAUGAUGGAACCCACAAGUACAUCCUAAUCGAUGUAGGCAAGACCUUCAGAGAGCAAGUCCUCCGGUGGUUUGUCCAUCACAAAGUUCCCUCCGCUGAUUCGAUCAUUCUCACUCAUGAGCACGCGGAUGCUGUCUUGGGCCUUGAUGAAGUCUGGGUGGUGCAGCCAAGAAAUGACAGAAAUGAAAUCCAUCAAAUUCCUAUUUUUCUCACACAAGUCACAAUGGACAGUGUCGUGAGAAGAUUCCCCUACUUGGUGGAGCAGAAGCCAGAGGAUGGCGAUGAAGAUGCCCAAGCCGCGAAGAUCGACUGGAAGAUAAUUGAGGAGGAUGUGGACAAACCAUUUGUAGCAUCAGGGCUAGAGUUUGUGCCAUUGGCGGUAAUGCAUGGAGAGGGGUAUAUUUGUUUAGGCUUUUUAUUCGGGAGGAGAGCCAGAGUUGAAUAUUUAUCUGAUGUCUCAAGAUUUCUACCUAAAACUGAGCAUGCUAUUUCAAAGUCUGGUGCUGGACAACUUGACCUUCUUAUACUGGAAGCAAACGCUUUGCAUGGAGUGGGAGAUGCUUUCAGCACCCAUUUAACUCUGAGUGAGUCGCUUGAUGCUAUCAAGAGGAUUCGUCCUAAAAGAGCUCUGUUGAUUGGAAUGAGGCAUUUUUUUGAGCAUCAGAGAGAAAACCAGAUGUUGGCAGAAUGGUCUAUCAGUGAAGGAAUACCGGUACAACUGGCUCAUGACGGUCUGCGUGUCUUCAUUGACUUGUAAUAAGAUUGCAGCAUCCAUAUUUCUGUUGCUGAUUGAACGAAGAUCCGCCAGAUCAGUAGUUUAGCGAUUGUUUUGAGAUUUUUUAUGUAUCCAAGAGAUUGUAAGUUCUGCUAGACAACCUAUUUUGAAACAGUGUCAGUGUACAUGCCACCUAUUUAUACAAUGAUUUACAACCAAAAGACCAAAAGGCUCACAUAAUUUGUGUGAUUAUUAGGUUAUAUGAAUCGAAUGUUGAAAGCACCUUGUUGCAGCAUAGUUGUAUAGAUAGUUUGUAUGUGAAGUGUUUCCUUUUUCCCAAAUUUAGAUUUAAAGUGGACUAAUUGAAUCGACAACUAUGCAAAUUAUUUUGAAAGAUAUAUAUAAAAUGGUCUUUUGUAAAGAAAACAAUGCUGCAAAAAGGUUUAAAGUUUGCGCACAAGUUAGUUGUACUUGUUAUUUCUCGCACCAGCGGUUUGAGAAAGUUCUACCUCAACUCUCAAGAACCCUUAAAAUGCUACUGAAAAGGCUUUUUAUUUGGGAGGAGAGCCAGAGUUGCCUAUUUAUCUGAUCUCUCGAGAUUUCUUCCUAACACUGAGCAUGGUAUGAUUUUUGUAUCCUCCAUCAUUCUUUGCUCAAAUAAUUACAAUGGCAUGGUUUUUUUCUCUGUGUUUGGAAAUGGCAUGAUAAUUAAUAUAAGCUUGUGUUACAAGGGCUAUUUCUCGAAGGAGGACUAUAACAAUCCUGUAAACUUAUAGCUUCCAAAAUUGUUGAGUUUAUUCAACCAUUCUUUCUGAAACUGUAUAUCAAAUGUUAUUUGCGGGGUAUUGAAAAUUAUGCAAAUCUAUACUGGCUCCACUGGUCAGCUGAUCAAGUUCAAUUAUAACACUUUUUACUAUAUUAAUAUUUCUCGUUACCAGAGUCUUAGCAUCAAGUCAGUUGCCAAAUGGCAAGAUGGUGAAAAUCAUUAGUCCAGAUGGCAACAUUUCUAGCAUUCUUUUGCAGGUGUAUUCUCUUGAUAUCUACAUGUUUUAUUGCACCGUGUCAACAUAAUAUGAUUAUGAUGUAGUCUUUGCCUGCAGCUAUUUCGAAGUCUAGUGCUGGACAACUUGAUCUUCUUAUACUUGAAGCAAACAUUUAGCAGGAAGCAGUAAGCCUGUGCCACUGCCACAUACCUGUCAUCUGGAAAAAAAAGAUGCACAGUUGGCUAGUUGCUGUGUCUCUCGUACAAUUAAACUGCACGUGCUAAAUCUUUCAUUCUGAUCCGAAAACCCCACAUGUUGAUAGUCUGAUACAGACUUAAUUGUACUGUGGUAUCAGACUACUAUAUAAUUGAACUCCAUAUGCUAAACCUAUCUGAAAAA